AUGGCCGCGGGACACGAGACGCCCGCUCUUGUGGAUCUUGAGAAAAAGCUCGGAGACGAUGCCGACAAUGUCUCCAUCGGAGCAGGCUCUCAGGACCCUCCACCAAGGAGCUGGCUUACCAAGUUGCCGAGAGCCUUAUUGAGCUCUGCCGAGACUCGAGGCGUAGCGCCGGUUCCGAUCGAAGAAAGGACCGUUAGGAACACUUUGCAACUAUUCACGCUGUGGCUCACUGCGAACUGCACUACCCUUCCAAUGACCACCGGCAUAUCCGGAACCUUGGUCUUUGGAUUAGAUCUUGCUGUUGCUUCGGCUGUCAUCGUGAUCAGCACCCUCAUCUUCAUGCUUCCUAUUGCCUGGCUGGGUACGAUGGGGCCCAAGACUGGGAUGCGUCAAAUGAUACAGACGAGAUACUACUUCAGCUAUUACUUUGCCGUUGGCAUUGCGUUGCUACAAAUUGCCACGUUGAUAGGCUACACUAUCAUGACGUCUAUUGUCAGUGGGCAGACUCUCACGGCUGUGUCCCAAGGCGAUCUCAGCUUGGCUGUUGGUAUCACAACCAGUGUUGUUGGCGCACUGCCCAUCUCCUUUCUGGGCUACAAGUACUUGCAUUAUAUUGAUCAAUACCUGUGGGCUCCAUCUCUUGUUGCUCUCAUAAUUGUUGCCGAUGUCCGUGGGAAAUCGUUUGCGAGGACUGGUGCGGAGUCCGUUGUUAUCUCACCAAGAAGUUUCUUGACAUUUGCCGCUGCGUGUGCAAGUCUGUGUACUAGUUGGGCUCCUUUGGUCUCAGACUUCGCCGUAUAUAUUGACCCUUACACCCCAAGAUUCAAGAUCUUCUUAUGCGUCUACGCAUGCUACAGCGUACCUUCAAUUUUGCUACUAAUUCUGGGUGCUGCUGCAGGUGCCGCUGUGCCAGGAAACGAUGCUUGGGCUGAGGCGUACGGACUAUACUCCGUCGGCGGUAUCAUCAAUGCUAUGAACUCUCCCCUGGGCGGAUUUGGAAAGUUCGUCUCAGUCCUGCUGGCGUUCUCUGUGCUCGGCCUCACGGCGUGCACUCUAUACUCACUCUCUAUUAGCUUUCAAUCCCUUUACCCGAUUCUCAGUCGUCUUCCCCGAUAUCUGUACUCGGUUGUCAUUGUGGCGAUUAUUGUGCCCAUCUCGAUCGUCGCCAGCUCCAACUUCUACAACUCCCUAUCCAACUUCCUGAGCGUCGUUGGAUAUUGGACGGCUUCUUACAGUAGCAUUGCGCUUACUGAGCACUUCUGUUUCCGUCGUGGUCGUGCUUACAACGUCUCUAAUUGGGAUAAUCCCAAAGCAAUCCCGCUUGGAUUUGCGGCCGUGGUAUCGCUUUGCUGCUCUUUUGGGCUGAUCGUCCCUUUUAUGGAAACCAUGUGCGUUGGAUCCUGA